AUGCCCCCCACCAAACGGCCGGCCCCCGUCCAGCCCCAAAACCACAAGAUCUUCGACCCCUGGAACUCGGCCUCAACGGGCCACCAACGCGCAGAACAUCGGAAUGCAGAAGCAGUGGCAUGGGACGAUGUGCGCGCCGACAAGCUGGCGUGCCAGUUCCAGAGCAGGGAUUGUCUGGCGGGGUUACGGUCGCGAUCGCAGUGCUAUGGUGAUUCCAGAGAAAAUUUCUUAGGCGGGGGUGCCUUUGAUGGGAGAGUCGAGGCUCCACAACAGCCAGGCCAGAGAGUUGGUGCAAAUACAAGACCAGGGCCGGGGGAAUGGCUCUGCGUGUCUGAUGCAGAGGCAGAACGAAAUCAGCUCGGGGUGCGGGAUAUUCGCAGCUUCAUGGGGGUUGGCAAGCGCAAGGCCGAUGAUGGUGGAGAAGGGAAUGCGAAGGCGAAGAACACCAUCGGCAGGAAGAAACUAAAGCCCACACCGACGGAGAAAGAAACCGAGAAGCAAGAAGCGACGGGAAGAGAAAAUGUGGAAACGCAAGAGCAGCAAGACCCCGAGCAUGAGACUGCUACGACUGCUUCGACUACCACCGACCCUGCUUCUACGACCUCUCCCUCGGAUAUCUUCGCCGGAAUAACCGUCUUUAUCAACGGCUCGACGCUCCCCCAGAUCUCAGACCACAAACUCAAGCACCUCCUCGUCGCGCACGGCGCCCACGUUUCUAUCGCGAUGGCACGGAAGACCGUCACACAUGUGAUUGUCGGCCAGCCAAACAGCGGGCCCUCGACUUCUACUGCGGUACGUACAGGAGGUGGUAUAGGUGUGGGUGCAGGAGGUGGAUUCGCAGCCCGGAAGCUCCAACAGGAAAUUGCCAGAGGUGGCUGGAAGAGUGUGAAGGUUGUUGGGGUAGACUGGGCCCUUGAAAGUAUCAAGGCUGAGCGCCGACUGGCCGAGUCUCGGUUUGCGGUUUUGCAUGUUGCGGCCAAAGGGCAGAAGAGCGUGGCGGGGAUGUUUGGGGCCCGGUAG